AAUAAUGAGCCUGAUAACAAAUCAGAAGAAAAAGUAAUAAGUGAAAGUACUAUGAAUGGCAGUGAAAAUGCUGAAAACGUUAUUGACAAAUUGGAAGAGGAAGUCGUGACAGAAGUACUAUGAAUGGCAGUGAAGAUAUUAAUAAGGCUGUUGACAAAUCAGAAGAAAAAAUUAUAGGCAAAAGUCCUGUAAAGUGUAGUGAAAAUACCGUUAAUCUUGAUGAAAAAUCAACAGAGAAAAUCACAGAUGAUGAAUCAGAAGAGAAAGUGAAAAGUGAAAGUACUGUAAAUGGCAGUGAAGAUGCUUAUAAGGCUGAUGACAAAUUAGAAGAGAAAGUUACAGAUGACAUAUCAGAAGAGAAAGUUACAGAUGACAAACUGAAAGAGGGAGUAACAAGUGACGUUACUGUUAAUAGCAUUGAAGAUUCUGAUAAACCUGAUGACAAAUCUGAAGAGAAAGUUGCAGAUGAUGAAUCAGGAGAGAAAGUUACAGAUGACAAAUCAGAAGAGAGAGUAACAAGUGAAAGUACUGUAAAUAGCAAUGAAGAUUCUGAUACACCUGGUGGCAAAUCUGAAGAAAUAGUAACAAAUGAUAAAUCAGAGAAAGUCGUAGAUGACAAAUCGGAAGAGCAAGUAAUAAGUGAAACUAAUGAAAAUGUCAAUGAAAAUACUGAAAAGCCUGACGACAAAUCAGAAAACAAAAUUGCAAAUGAAAAAUCAGAAGACAAAAUAACAAAUGAAAGUACUGUAGAUAGCAUUGAAGAGUCUGAUAAGCAUAACAAAUCAGAAGAGAAAGUUACAGAUGACAAAUCAGAAGAGAAAGUUAUAGAUGACAAAUCAGAAGAGAAAGUUACAGGUGAAACUGCAGCAAAUGGAAUUGAAGACACUGGUAAUCCUGAUGACAUAUCAGAAGAGAAAGUAACAAGUGAAAGUGCUGUAAAUGGCAGUGAAAAUACUGAUAAGGCUGAUGACAAAUCAGAAGAGAAAGUUAUAAGUGAAAGGACUGUAAAUGGCAGUGAAGAUUCUGAUAAGCCUGAUGACAAAUCAGAAGAGAAUGUAUCAAGUGAAAGUUCUGUAAAUGUCAUUGUAGAAUCUGAUAAUCCUGAUGAUAACUCAGAAGCGAAAGCUACAAGAGAAAGUACUGUAAAUGUUAAUGAAGAUUCUGAUGAGCCUGAUGGCAAAUCAGAAGAGAGAGUAAUAAGUAAAAGUAAUGAAAAAUGCAGUGAAAAUACAGAAAGGCAUGAUGAAAAAUCAGAAGAAAAGAUUACAUGUGACAAAUCAGAAGAGAAAGUAUCAAGUGAAAGUACUGCAAAUGGCAUUGAAGAUUCUGAUAAGCUUGACAAAUAUGAAGAGAAAGUUACAGAUGACAAAUCAGAAGAGAAAGUUACAGAUGACAAAUUGGAAGAGGAGUUGCAUGACAAAUCAGAAGAGAAAGUUAUAGAUGACAAAUUGGAAGAGGAACUUACAUGUGAAAGUACACCAAAUAGCAUUGCAGACACUGAUAAUCCUGAUGACAAAUCAGAAGAGAAAGUAACAAGUGAAAGUGCUGCAAAUGGCGGUGAAGACAUUGAUAGGGCUGAUGACAAAUCAGAAGAGAAUGUUACAAUUGAAAGUAUUGCAAAUAGCAAUAAAGAUACUGUUAAGCCUGAUGACAAAUCGGAUGAGAAAAUUACCAGUGAAAGCCCCGUACAUCGCGGUGAAAAUACUAAUAAGACUGAUGAAAAAUCAGAGGAGAAAAUUUCAAGUGAAAGUAUUGUAAAUGGCAGUGAAGAUACUGAAAAGGCUAAUGAUGACCCAGAAGAGAAAGUUACAAGUGAAAGUAUUUUAAAUGGCAGUAAAGGUACUCAUAAGCCUGAUGACAAAUCAGAAGAGAAAAUGACAGAUGAAAGUUCUGUAAAUAGCAGUGAAGAAACUGAUAUGCCUGAUGACAGAUCAGAAGAGAAAGUACUAGAUGACAAAUCAAAAGUGAAAGUAAAAAGUGAAAGUAAUGAAAAGGGCAAUGAAAAUAUUGAAAAGUCUGAUGACAAAUCAGAAGAGAACGUUCUUAAUGAAAGUUCCGUAAAUGGUAGUGAAAAUAAUGAUAAUCAUGAUCACAAAUCAGAAAAGAAAGUUCUUGGUGAAAGUUCUGAUAAAGAUUACCUUGAUGACACACCAGAAGAGAAUGUUGCAGAUGACAAAUCAGAAGAGGAAGUUACAGAUGACAAAUUGAAAGAGAAAGUAACUAGUGAAAGUGCUGUCAAUGACAUUGAUGAUCCUGAUAAGGUUGAUGAAAAAUCAGAAGAGAAAGUUAUGGAGGACAAAUUAGAAGAGAAAGUUACUAGUGAAAGUACUGUAAAUGGCAGUGUAUAUACUGAUAUGGCUGUUGAUAGGUUGGAAGAGAAAGUUACUGAUGAAAUUACUGUAAGUGGAAGUGAAAAUCUUAACCAGCCUGAUCAUGAACUGGAAGAGAAAGAUACAAGUGAAAAUGAUGGCACUGACAAGCCCAAUGAAGUAGAAAAGAAAGUUGUGGAUAAAAGUAUUUUAAAUAGUAGUGAAAAUAUUAAUAAUCUUAAUGAGGAAGUGGAAGAGAAAGUUAAACGGGAAAGUGCAAUAAAUGGUAAUGUAGAUAUAAAUGAGCCUAUUGAUAAACUGGAAGAGAAAGAUGCAGGUGAAAGCAUUGAAGAUGACAGUGAGGAUACUGGUAAGCCCAAUGAGAAAAUAGAAGAGAAAGUUCUGAAUGAAGGUAUUGCAAAUGGCAAGGAAGAUGUAAAUUCGGAAGAGAAAAUUGAAGACAACCUUACAGGUGAAAGUAUUGUCAAUUUCAGUGAGGUUACUAAUCAGCCUAAAGAGAAAGUGGAAGAGAAAGCUAGAGGUGAAAGUUAUAGACAUAAUGAGACUGGAGAAGCUAAGAUUAUGGAUGAAAUCAUUGGCAGCGUCUGUGCGCAUAUUGGUGAGUUAAAUGUGAUGGUCAGUGACGAAGGAAGUAUUGAAGCGAAUCAUGAACCUAAGGAGGUAGGAGAAAGUACUGUAAAAUCUGCCAAGGCCUCUGGUGAUUUGGAAUCCAAAACUAAAACCAGCGACACUGAUGAGGAUUUUGCCAAAAAAAAUGGAGAAUCUAAUGAUCAAAGUACGAUGCAGGAAAGUUCCAGCUCUGUAAAUGGAAGUCCAGAUGAAACAAGCAUACCAAAAAUUAAGGUGCAUUUGUCAGUGGACUCAGGUGACCUUGUCGAGAAGCCACAGCCUGAAACUGGAAGACCUUGUAACUCGGAGGAUGAACUGACAAGUGGUGGUAAUCCACAGGACAUUGACCCAGAGGGCAAAGCUGUAACAGAGACCCCUGUAGAGGAAAGUCACAACCUGCAUGAGAAACCCAUCCAUAAUAGUGAAAAAACCAGUGACAUCUUAACAAAACCAGCCAACGAAGGGCUGGGAACGCUUUUAGCUCAGGCUGGAGAGGAAUCAAAGGAUGUUAGCAGGACUGGAGAAACUAUCAGUUCAGUUGAUGGACCAACAAAUGGCAGUGAAAGAUCAAACAAUGCUCCAGAUGAAGUCAGUUUGGGAGAUAAAGGCUUGGUAAACUCUGACAGGAGCUCUUUGGACCCUGUUAAAGUAACAGGCAUCUCCCUAGACACACAAUUUCAGGACACUGCCAAAGGGGAACGUGGAGAGCUCAGCAGGCAGGUAAGGUAUGUAGUAGAUACAACUGACGGCCUGAUGUCAGACAGCAAAGAGCUUCUUAACACCAACAGUGAGCUAGAGGACCCAAAAUACAGCUUUGAAAAAACAGGAGACGAGGGCUUGACAAUAGUUGUGUUGAGUAGGGGAAAGUCUACAUCUGCUAGAAUAAAGAGAUCUAGAGACUCAGUUGAUGAUCUAGGUAAAGAUUGUGAGGAUACUGAUGACAUCAGAGAUAAAGCUGAGGAAAACGACUCACUGAAACCAGAUGAUUUAGGGAAAGACGAAGUCGGGGACUUAACGCCUGAAGAAGGACCAAAACAUCUCGAUAGUGUGACAGAAAAUACAGAAUCAAGAGAGAGUUUUGCGAAAUAUGAAGAUGCAAGGGGAAAGGAUGGACCUCUGUUUGAUAACAAGGAAUCACUAGUGUAUGAUAAUACUACUCUAGAUGCUAAUUCAGAUGAACAAGAAUCAGCAGAGGGUUCAAAAGAUCUUGUUGGAACUACUGGGAACACUGAUAAUGCAGCUGCACCGGGGAUGACGAAAGAGGUCUCAGAUAAUUCUGAGGGCAAAUGCCUACUGGAAGGUCUCAAGGACGACCCCAAUGGAAAAGGGGAGAUGAUGGAUGCACUUGAACAGGUACUCUCUGACAGAGGCAAUUCUGCAAUUAAUGCUGCUACUGUAAACGACUAUUCUGCUCAUGUUCUCUCGCAAGAUGAUAUUUCUGAUGCACUUAACAAUAAUCCACCUUCUAUGGAAAUGAAUGAAGAUAACUUCAAUCUGGAUUCAACAGAAAAACAGUCUGUUAGGUUCUAUGAUGAGACUUGCGUGAAUGACAAAGAGGAACAUGAGAAAGACCCACAUGUGAAGAUUGUAGAUGUGAAACCAAGCAACUCAUUUGAUCCUGUUCAACCAAGCUUGGAAAGCAAUGUCGUCAUAACAGAAGCAUGCAGGGAAAUAGAGAAUAAAGGGGGUCCUGCUCUCACAAAGGAGAAAAAGCAAGAUUACCAAAUGGUUCCUACAUGUGAUCGCUACAACAGCCAGGGAAAGCUAAUUUCAUCUGCAAAGUCAGAGCACAGGAGUCACUCUGUGCAGUCAAUCCAUAGUGUGGACGAUAAAACCUUCGUUGUUAUUCAGACGGACCAUGGUAGGCCUUUGUCUAGCCCAUCUAACACUUUUGUGGUACCCAGACCACCUACACCAGGUCCUGAUCCUGCUGUCAGGGAAAUGAUAUGCCAAGAGGCAUUGAAAGAGGGCCUCCAGGGAUAG